AUGAGUUAUAAAGGGGGUACAUAUGGAGAAGAGGUGCUUUGCUCUUCGCCCACGGGGUCUCUGAUAGAGAUAUCAACAGAUAAUAUUCAUCAGAAAGACGAAGGCAAGAAUGAAGAUGAACAAGAUCAACUACUAUCCAAUAGUCCAAGAAAAGAGUCAGAUAUAAACGUCUACAGUUUCAAUCCAUUGGCUACACAAGAUCUUAUUUUUGAAAGCUCAAAAGCUCAAUCAAAUAGCAACAAGACCAAUUCAAAUGUCAUCAGUCUUAGUUCUGAUGUUAGACAGAUAUCACAGGAUAAUGAAGAUGAUAUUGCAGAUCAGGAUUCAGGAUUACUGGAGAUUUCACAAAAAGACUAUCUCAACUCUCAAAAGCUCAAGCUCGAAACUUUGGAAUCUGAUAAUGUCGUUUCAGAAAACCUUAUUGAGACUGGCGGUUACAAAAAUGCUGAAGCUUCCUCAUCUCAAGUUUAUUAUGAUUUAAAAUCUGCCCAAACUCCCCAAUCAUCUCCAAGACGUACUUUUGGUGGCCAUAUUCAAUCUUCAUCUCCAAUAUUGACACAACAAGAAACUCAACUAACAUCAUCUCAACAUCAUCCAACCAAACAAACACAUGAUCAAUUCACAAAUAUGGCACCAAGUGCUCAGUUGACAAGCUUUCGAAUGUUAUCUCCAAAGAAAGUCAUCUCUGAAAAGACAACACCAAUCAAGAGUAAGAAAAACUUGCUGGUUACACAAGAAUCUUUUAAUAUACCCAAUCUGAUAUCACCAAGUAAAAGUUCACCGUUAAAAACUCAAAUAACAGAAGCUGAAUCUCAGAGCAUUUACUGCACAGCAAGACAAUCUGGUGUUAACUCUCCAGAAAAGAUGGAUACAACAACAACUACAACAACUAUCAAAUAUAAAGGUCAUGUAACAACGAAAUCUUCAUCACCUUGGACAAAUUAUGAAGCUAGAGUUAUACCUUCAAAAAGAAAAAAUGAAGAGAUUGAAAUUCCAGAUUCCUCCGAUGAUGAAAAUGAUAUAAGUUUGAUUGAAAUCACCAAAACUAUCAAAAAAUCAAGAAAAAGUAUAUUACAAGUUCCAUCAAGUCCUGAUGUUUUAAGUUCUGCUAGCCCUUCCAAGGAACUAAAUGGUGAAAGUUCUCAAGCAUUAGAUUUACAAUUGGAGGAGACUUCAACCGAGGAACUGAAGAGGAAAAUUAUUCAAUAUGGUUUGAAACCCGCAAAGAGUCGAAUUAAAAUGAUUCAAUCCAUUAAGGAAAUAGAUGCAUUUCUGAAAGAAGAUUCAAUCUUAAAGUUAUCUCAAUCUCAAAAUAUAACAGAUUCACAAAAUAUUGUUAAAUCUGAUGUUUUCCAAGUUUUGAAUGAUGUUUUUUUGGAAAAUCCUAAAAUUAUGGAGAAGAUUUAUACAUUUGAACCGAUUGAAACUAAAGAACUGAAUAGGACUUUAGAAGAAGGAGGAAUUAUCAUUAACUAUGAUAUGUUAAAAGAAUGGUGUGAUAGAAAUAGUAUUUGUUUGAUUGAAGAACAAGUUGAAAAGAAGAAGUGA